CUUAAACGGUCUGCUACUGCUUCCUUCAAAACCAAACUGCAUACAAACACGAUCAGUGCUGAGUUUCAAGAGAAUGAAGUCUAUGCCAUUGAUAUUGUGGCAUUCAGUGGUGACGGCAAAGUAUAAUUAUCUUCGAUAAAGUGUAUUCUACAUCUAGUGCGUUUUUGAAUUGGCAAUAAGUCUAUAACCCUCAUCUGACUUUGAUAAGUGUAUUCUACAUUUAGUGCGUUUUUGAAUUAUGUGGUUUAGUUUUUCCAUAGCCAAGGGAGAGGUCAAGGAAUUAUAGCUCUAAGUUUCUACAUCUUUCAACAAUAAUUGUUUUGUUUACUCUACUAAGAAAAAAACAUAAGAAUUAUUUUAAAAAGAAUACCUGUUUUAUUUUGGAAUUUGGAAAAUGGCUUGUUCCUAAUUAUAUUAAAAAUUUAGAUAAUGAUGAUAAUAUGUGAUUUAUAAUUAUAUAUAUAUAUAUAUACAUGUGUGUGAAUAUAAUUAAUAAAAAUAUUUUUAGUUAUAAAUUGGUAAAAGAAACCUAAUAAAAUGCGAGUUUCUAAUUUAACAUAUCAUAGUAGUUUAUAAACCAAGUUUGGCUUAACAUUUUAUGCCUUGCGGUUACAUUAAUGUAAUUGGCCUAAAUCCCAAACAUAGUAAAUUUAAGUUGUGACAACCAACUUAUUACGAUGUUAUUGGUAAGAAAUAACCAUUAAACUUUGUUGUCUUUAAAACCAUAAGGAAUGUAAUAAGUAACUAGAGCCAACAAACACAACUAUUGUCAAAAGAGAUAUUUUUAGAAGUUUCAACAAAUUUAAAUAAUAUAUAUAUACACGCAUGUUUUCAAAUUUGUAGAAGGCAAACACAUCUCGAGCAGAAAAAUAAACAAAUCAACUAAGACAAUGAAGCUUCAGUUGUUUUGGCUUGCUUUGGUAUUCAUUGCCGUCAAAGCUAAUCCAGCGAAGGAAGGAAAUAAUGCAACAAUCCCUGCACUAAUAGUUUUUGGAGAUUCAAUCAUGGAUACUGGUAAUAACAAUAGACUUCCAACUCUUUUGAAGUGCAAUUUUCCUCCCUACGGCAAGGACUUUCCUGGCGGCUUGGCCACCGGAAGAUUUUCUGAUGGAAGAGUUCCCUCUGAUCUCAUUGCUGAAAAAUUGGGAUUGGCUAAGUCACUACCAGCAUUUAUGAACCCGAAUUUGAAGCCUCAAGAUCUUCUUAAGGGUGUAACAUUUGCAUCUGGAGGAACUGGUUACGAUCCGCUAACGGCUAAGAUUAUGUCCGUGAUAUCAGUCUGGGAUCAACUAACAUAUUUCAAGCAAUAUAUAUCAACGAUUAAACAACAUUUUGGAGAGAAAAAAGCUCAAGAUAUAUUGGACCAUAGUUUUUUUGUUGUGUGUUCUAGUAGUAACGACCUUGCUCACACUUUCUUAGCUCAAUCACAUAAAUAUGACCGUACCUCAUAUGCCAAUUUCUUGGCUGACUCAGCAGUCAAAUUCGUAAGAGAAUUACAUAAACUUGGAGCUAAAAAAAUCGGAGUGUUUAGCGCAGUGCCGGUUGGAUGUGUACCACUUCAAAGAACAGUGUUUGGAGGUUUGUUUACAAGAGGAUGUGUUAAACCUUUAAACAACAUGGCAAAACAAUUCAACGCAAGGCUUUCACCUGCACUAGAAUCUUUAGAUAAAGAGUUGGAUGCUGUUAUCUUCUACAUUGAUGUUUAUGAUACUCUUUUCGACAUGAUCCAACAUCCUGCAAAAUACGGUUUUGAGGUAGCUGAUAGAGGAUGUUGCGGUAGAGGUUCUCUCGCAAUAUCCUACAUGUGUAACUCAUUGAAUCCAUUCACAUGUUCUAAUUCCUCAGCCUAUAUAUUUUGGGAUAGCUACCACCCAACUGAGAGAGCUUAUCAAGUUAUCGUUGACAACUUGCUUAACAAAUAUUUAAGCAAACUCUAUUGAUGUUUAAUCAUUUAGCUAAAAGUUUUUAUCUCUUGGUCUGAUUGUGUUCCCCCAAUCAAAUAUUACAUAGGAAAAACAAAAAAUGUAAUAAGAUAACAACGAAGCUUGAUUUGUUUUUUUACCAAACACACAUAAAGUUCAUUACAGU